AUGCACUCCAAAUUUCAGAAAGAAAUAUUACUAUUUUAUAGAUCAUUAGUUAAGUGGGCCAAUCUUAAGACAGAGCCAACAAAAUCUUUUAUAAAAUAAUUUAUUUAGAAUGAAUAUAGAAAGAAUUAAAGUAUUUCUAAAAAGAAAUUUGAUAGAGUACCUUUUAGUAAUUAAUAUCUAGAUUGAAUUUCUAUUUAGAUAAGGAAAGAAUAGAUAUGA